AUGAUGUUCAGCCUGCUCGUCUUGACCUAUUCGAUCGCCGGCGCAGCUGAAAUACCUGGAUACGAAAAACUGCUCGACGAACAGCGCAUCAUCAAAGAACUUGUCGAAAACCCGGAGAGCAAUUAUGACUGGAGGGUCAGACCGCGCGGCAGCUUACAGCCGCCACCCGACGAGGAAGAUCCAACUGGACCCGUGCUCGUCACCGUCAACAUGUAUCUCAGAAGCAUCUCAAAAGUCGACGACGUCAACAUGGAAUACUCGCUGCACUUUACUUUUAGAGAGGAAUGGGUGGACGAGCGCCUUUUCUUCGUGUCCGAUCGUCUUUCCCACAUCGUGCUUUCACCCGGCCAAAAGAUUUGGAUGCCGGACACGUUCUUUCAAAACGAAAAGGAGGGCAAGAAGCACGACAUCGACACGCCGAACGUUUUGAUACGUGUUUUCAAUGGAACGGGUCGAAUCCUAUACAGCACGCGGUUGACGUUAACCCUUUCCUGCCCGAUGCGGUUGUCCAAUUACCCGCUCGAUGUGCAAGAGUGCAAGAUCGACUUUGCGUCCUACGCCUACACCACCGACGAUAUUGAAUAUACAUGGAAAGACGAGUCGCCGAUCCAGAUCAAGCAAGGCUUGAGCUUGUCGCUGCCCUCUUUCCUGCUAUCGUCAGUGACCACCGGAAACUGUACAUCGGUUACAAAUACCGGUGUCUACAGUUGCAUGAGUACUAUCCUGGAGUUGAAGCGCGAGUUUUCCUACUAUCUGCUGCAGCUGUACAUCCCUUCCUUUAUGCUGGUGGCCGUUUCCUGGGUGUCUUUUUGGCUCGACAAGGACUCGGUGCCCGCACGUGUAACCCUGGGGGUGACCACGCUGCUGACGAUGACCACUCAGGCGAGCGGCGUAAACGCAAAUCUGCCCCCAGUCAGCUACACGAAAGCCAUCGACAUUUGGAUCGGGGUUUGUUUGGCGUUCAUCUUCGGAGCGCUGCUCGAGUUCGCGCUGGUCAACUGGGCGGCGCGCAAGGAUCUGUGCCAGAAUCGAGGGCGGCGAUCGAGCAAUUUCUUUCAUCGAUUGACCGGCGCUGACUAUGAGCUACCCGGUUACUCUUCCGUCCCUCCCGACUCCCCAAUAAUCUUCGCCAACCCCCAGCACACGUCGUCUGCUCCUCGGCAACCCAAAGUCUCCUGGUGGCACGACACGUGGCACCGGAAGUACCGCGAAAACAGCCGGCGCAUAGACCUCAUCUCCAGGGCACUAUUCCCCGUAUUUUUCAUCAUUUUCAACCUUGUGUACUGGUGGCUCUAUCUGAGGCCCUAUAUGUCGGUCAAGAGCCGCGUCCAAGAC